AUGGAAGAGUUGGUAAGUUGUGGCACAGCAUGCGGGCUGACUUUGUGUGUCAUGCAGUCAGGGCCGGUGCAAGGAUUUUUGACUAUACAGGUAUAGAUUGCAUUUUGCGUCUCCCCCCCACCCCCAAAAAAACGUAUCUGCACCUGUGUGUCUUGUAACCACCUUUUGAAUUUAUUACCCUCUUUAGUGUUUAAUAUCCGAUUUUUUUUAAUGUAUCCCUUUACCCCUUUGUGUGUCUUACUCCCCUCUUCUGUAUUUUAUCCCUCUUGUGUUUCUUACAACCCCUCUUGUGUAUCUUUUACUUCCCCUAGCACCUUUGUCUGUCUCUUUCUUUCCCCCAGCUCUUUUGUGUGUCUUUUGUCCCCCUGCCCCUUUCUGUGUCUCUUCCCCCAUCUCCUUUGUGUGACUCUUUCUCGCCAACACAUUUGUGCGUCUAUUUAACUCUGCACCUUUGUGCAUCUCUUUCUCCCCCUCAGCCCCAUUGUGCUUCUUAUUCCCCACAGCCCCUUCGUGCAUCUCUUCCUCCCCCACCAGCCACUCUGUGUGUCUUUGUCCCCCUCAGUACCUCUGUGUGUAUCUUUGUGCCCCCGCCCCUCUGUAUGUCUUUGUGUCCCCUAGCCCACCUGCCUUUCAAUAAUGUUUUCAUUGUUUCCACUCCUGUACUUUUUAUUUUCUUUUCCUUCUCUCCUCAACCUUUCAUAGUCCCCCCUCUCCUCCUGUUCCUUUUAAUGUCCCCCUUGUGUCUUUUAAUGUCCCCCUCCCCUCCUGUACCUUUUAUUGUCCCACCUCCCCUCCUGUACCUUUUAUUGUCCUCCCCUCCCCUCCUGUUUAUUUCAUAGUCCCCCCCUCCCCUCCUGUGCCUAUUAUUAUUGUCCCUCUCCACUCCUGUACCUAUUAUUGUUCACCCAUACCUUCCGGUACUUAUCGUUGUUCCCCCUUCUCCCCUCCUGUAUCUCCCCUUGUCCUCCCCUCCUGUACCUUUCCUUGUUUUUCCCUCCUCUUCUGUAUCUUUCAUAGUCCCCUCUCCCAUCCUGUACCUUUCCUUGUUUUUCCCUCCUCUUCUGUAUCUUUCAUAGUCCCCCCUCCCCUCCUGUACCUUUCCUUGUCCUUCCCUUCUCUCCUGUAUCUUUCAUAGUCCCCUCUCCCCUCCUGUACCUUUCAUUGUCCUUUCCUUCUCUCCCGUAUCUUUCAUGGUCCCCCCUCUCCUCCUGUACCUUUCCUUGUCCUCCCCUCCUGUAUCUUUCAUAGUUCCACCUUUCCGUGUACUCCCCUCCUGUAUCUUUCAUAGUUCCACCUUUCCGUGUACUCCCCUCCUAUAUCUUUCAUAGUUCCACCUUUCCGUGUACUCCCCUCCUGUAUCUUUCAUAGUCCCACCUCCCCUCCUGUACCUUUCCUUGUCCUCCCCUUCCUGUAUCUUUCAUAGUCCCACCUCCCCUCCUGUACCUUUUCUUGUCCUUCCCUCCCCUCCUGUAUCUUUCAUAGUCCCACCUCCCCUCCUGUAGCUACUAUUGUUCCCUCUCCCCUUCUGUGCCUUUUAUUGCCCCCUCUCUCCUCCUGUACCUUUUUAUUGUCCCCCCUCCCAUACUUUUUAUUGGCGUUCCUUGCACCUCUUAUUGGUCCCCCCCCUCCCCACCCCUUUAUCCAUGUGGCUGAGUGGGCGGUUCGUGACGAAGGAUCUGGUUUCCUGUCCCGGUCUGACAGGAAGCAGUUUGUCGCAUUUCCUGUCGGACCGGGAAGUUCACGGACUGCCCACUCGGCCACGCUAAUGCAGUGACCGACAGGAGGAGAGUACUACGAAGGGUGCUCUCAUCCUGACGGUCACCUGAAAAUCGUGCACCCAGGAGGCUGCCUUAUGGUAGUGCCAACCCUGCACGCAGUGCUGCCAGAACCAGACUGAAGCACACAUAUAUUAGUGCAAGGGAGCUUGUGAUCUCCACAAGCUACUUUUUACUUCUAAACUGUUUCUCAUGUUGUCUUUCAUUCACACCUUUUUUAAACUUGCUAUAGUUAGGAUAUAAUACAUGUAUGUGUAAAGCUUUAAAUAACUUAUGUGACUUCCUGCUCAGCAACUAAUUACAAUAACUACAUAGGAAUUGGUAAAUUGAUAUAUAUGUUGAAUGUUUAUAUAUAUAUAUAUAUAUAUAUAUAUAUAUAUAUAUAUAUAUAUAUAUAUAUAUAUAUAUAUAUAUAUAUAUAUAUAUAUAUAUAUAUAUAUGUAUAUAUAUAUAUAUAUAUAUAUAUAUAUAUAUAUAUAUAUAUAUAUAAAAUCAGUUACUGUAUUCCAAGUUAUAUUCUAUCAAUGGAGAUUUGUUGCAGAGUUGUACAUUAAUGAGCUUAUUUACUAGACAACAGGGAAUUGAAAUUGGAAUAUUUAGGAGAGAAUAUAUGGGUUUGAUCAAUUCUCCAAUUUGGCUAAAUUUCGCAAUUCAAGUUGCAGCCUACCACAAUUCUUUGUUUAGUCAAUAAACUCCUAAUAUUGCCUCUGUGGGAUACAUUGCUAAGGCAAAAGAGGAAGUUUUCUUGGUCUCAAUCUCAAACACAUUCAGGCCCCCUGGCAACUCGUUAGUCUGCUAACAACCCUCCAUACAGGGCUACUAUACUGGUUCAUGGAUUGCAGGAUAAAACUUACCAGGAAAGGUUAAAGGAUCUCAACAUGUAUAGCUUGGAGGAAAGACUAGACAGGGGGGAUAUGAGGGAAACAUUUAAAUACAUAAAGGGAAUCAACACAGUAAAGGAGGAGACUAUAUUUAAAAUAAGAAAAACUACCACAACAAGAGGACAUAGUCUUAAAUUAGAGGGACAAAGGUUUAAAAAUAAUAUCAGGAAGUAUUACUUUACUGAGAGGGUAGUGGAUGCAUGGAAUAGCCUUCCAGCUGAAGUGGUAGAGGUUAACACAGUAAAGGAGUUUAAGCAUGCGUGGGAUAGGUAUGAGGCUAUCCUAACUAUAAGAUAAGGCCAGGGACUAAUGAAAGUAUUUAGAAAAUUGGACAGACUAGAUGGGCCGAAUGGUUCUUAUCUGCCGUCACAUGUUUCUAUGUUUCUAUAGUAUGGGCAAGUUAAAAAAAGGGAAGUAUUAUUACUUAGAUUACAUAAUAGAUUGCGUGGUCCUUAAGACAUACUUAAGGAACUAAAAUGGAGCCGGGGACGUCUAAAAUAGAUCACAUUCAUCCUAAAUAUGUUGAAUCAUGGGUAUUCAACCAUUAUUCUGUGUUGGCCCCAGAUAUGGAGAUCCAACAUUUUACUAACCUAUAAUACCGAUAGUUAUGCAGCAGCGGAAUACGCAAGCUCACAGGUGUAUUGUACACUGCCUUUUAUGUAUCAUAUUAAUAUCAAAAUUCAAAAUAAAAUUAUUGUGCAAAGACUGUAGUUUGCCUUAUUAAAGUGCAAACAAACUUAAAUAGCACUAUUAAAGUGCAAACAGUGAACACUCAAGUACAUGCAGGAUUGUUGUUUUUUUGGCAUUACUCUAUUGCAACUUACAUGAUACCAUCUUUAUCUUAUCUCUCAAUGUAGUAUCAAAAUGAGGAGAACCUACAAGAGGGAAAAAAAAGAAUAUAUUGAUAUGUACAAUAUUCGUGCUAUGGUAAUAAAAGUUUCCACUCACAAAUAUAGAGCAGAUGAGUCUGCUCUAACUGUAACAGCUCCAAAAUAAAGUGCAGGUGUCAGGUUAUGUAGAUGCAAAAAUAGUCUUUAUUGACAACUUUUAAAAUCAGCUGGCAAGUCAGGACCCUCUUUUGUAUUCCUCCAGUAAGGCUCUCCCCCUCAAGUUCAGAAGCCCGCCUCCCGGAAAGAACUGUUCGCAAUUGGAACCCCAGACUUAGUGUUGUGGGCAAAACCGAGAACCUUACCGGAGGAAUUCUAAAGAGGGUCUUGACUUGACACCUGAUUUUAAAAGUUAUCAAUAAAGACUCAUCUGCUCUCUAUUUGUGAGUGGAAACUUUUGUUACCAUAGCACUAAUCUUGUACAUAUCGUAGGUUCUCCUCAUUUUGAUACUACAUUGAGAGAUAAGAUAAAGAUGGUGUCAUGUAAGUUGCAAUAGAAUAAUGCCAAAAAAGGACAAUCUUGCAUGUACUUGAAUGUUCACUGCACUUUUUGCACAGGCACUUUAAAAUGUGUAUCAUAGAUAUUAAUAAUAGCUCUAUUGGUAUAUAUAAAAAAUAAAGUUAGUGCUCACGGUUUAACAGUUAAAUUGAGUCAAUUUGCAAAUAGCCAACUGGCACAGAACAAGCAGAUAUAGUGUGCUUUAAUAUCAGAUAUUACUGUAGGUGAAAGUUUAGGAUCCAGUGAUCAUCAGUCAGUAUGGUUUAAUAUAAGAACAGUGACUGAGUCACACCACACAAAAACAAAAGUUUUAGACUUUAGAAAAACAGACUUUUCUAAAAUUAGAAUAUGUGUAAAGGAGUCCUUGUCAGACUGUAGCAGUUUAAAUGGAGUCCAGGAGAAAUGGGAUUAUUUAAAAGUUGCACUGCUGAAUGCAACAGAAAAUUGCAUUAGGCUUGUCAGUAAAAGCAAAAAAAAAUUAAGAAACCACUGUGGUACUCCGCAGAUGUGGCCAAAAUGGUAAAAAACAGAAAGUUAGCAUUUAGUAAUAAGAAAAAAAAAAACAGAGUGGGGAAGAUAGACAGAUCUAUAAGAUUAGGCAGAAAGAGGCUAAGCAAGUUAUAAGAGCCUCCAAAGCACACACAGACGAGAAAAUAGCACAGUCAGUAAAAAAGGGGGAUAAAAUAUUUUUAGAUACAUAAAUGAGAAAAGGAAAGUAAAAUAAGGAUUCGUUAGAUUAAAAACAAAAGAAGGAAUGUACAGUUGCAAGAAAAAGUAUGUGAACCCUUUGGAAUGAAAUGGAUUUCUGCACAAAUUGGUCAUAAAAUGUGAUCUGAUCAUCAUCUAAGUCACAACAAUAGACAACCACAGUCUGCUUAAACUAAUAACACACAAAGAAUGAAAUGUUGCCAUGUUUUUAUUGAACACACCAUGUAAACAUUCACAGUGCAGGUGGAAAAGUAUGUGAACCCUUGGAUUUAAUAACUGGUUGAACCUCCUUUGGCAGCAAUAACUUCAACCAAACGUUUCCUGUAGUUGCAGAUCAGACGUGCACAACGGUCACGAGUAAUUCUUGACCAUUCCUCUUUACAGAACUGUUUCAGUUCCGCAAUAUUCUUUGGAUGUCUGGUGUGAAUCGCUUUCUUGAGGUCAUGCCAUAGCAUCUCAAUCGGGUUGAGGUCAGGACUCUGACUGGGCCACUUCAGAAGGUGUAUUUUCUUCUGUUUAAGCCAUUCUGUUGUUGAUUUACUUCUAUGCUUUGGGUCAUUGUCCUGUUGCAACACCCAUCUUCUGUUGAGCUUCAGCUGGUAGACAGAUGGCCAUUUUUCCUUUGAUGAUAGCAAUCCAUCCAAGCCCUGACGCAGCAAAGCAGCCCCAAACCAUGAUGCCCCCACCACCAUACUUCACAGUUGGGAUGAGGUUUUGAUGUUGGUGUGCUGUGCCUUUUUUUUCGCCACACAUAGUGUUGUGUGUUUCUUCCGAACAACUCAACUUUGGUUUCAUCUGUCCACAGAAUAUUUUGCCAGUACUGCUGUGGAACAUCCAGGUGCUCUUGUGCAAACUGUAAACAGCAAUGUUUUGUUUGGACAGCAGUGGCUUCCUCUGUGGUAUCCUCCCAUGAAAUCCAUUCUUGUUUAGUGUUUUACGUAUUAUAGAUUCGCUAACAGGGAUGUUAGCAUUUGCCAGUGACUUUUAUAAGUCUUUAGCUGACACUAUAGGAUUCUUCUUCACCUCAUUGAGCAGUCUGCGCUGUGCUCUUGCAGUCAUCUUUACAGGACGGCCACUCCUAGGGAGAGUAGCAGCAGUGCUGAACUUUCUCCAUUUAUAGACAAUUUGUCUUACCAUGGACUGAUGAACAGCAAGGCUUUUGGAGAUACUUUUAUAACCCUUUUAAGUCAACAAUUCUUAAUCGUAGGUCUUCUGAGAGCUCUUUUGUGCGAGGCAUCAUUCACAUCAGGCAAUGCUUCUUGUGAAAAUCAAACCCAGAACUGGUAUGUGUUUUUUAUAGGGCAGGGCAGCUGUAACCAACACCUCCAAUCUCAUCUCAUUGAUUGGACUCCAGUUGGCUGACAUCUCACUCCAAUUAGUUCUUGGAGAUGUCAUUAGUCUAGGGGUUCACAUACUUUUUCCUCCUGCACUGUGAAUGUUUACAUGGUGUGUUCAAUAAAAACAUGGCAACAUUUCAUUCUUUGUGUGUUAUUAGUUUAAGCAGACUGUGAUUGUCUAUUGCUGUGACUUAGAUGAUGAUCAGAUCACAUUUUAUGACCAAUUUGUGCAGAAAUCCAUAUCAUUCCAAAGGGUUCACAUACCUUUUCUUGCAACUGUAUGUAUGUAGAAGAGGAUAAAGGUCUAGCUGAUUACCUCAAUUAAUAUUUUUGUAAAUGAAGGAAAGGGGCCUCGGUUAGGAAAUAGGACAAAUUAGUCAUUUGUUACAUGUUAGUUUACAGAGGAAGAGGUUCUAUUUCAACAGUCAAAAGUAAAGACAAAUAAGUAGAUGGAGCCUGAUGCGACACACCCAAAGUUAUUAAAAGAACUUAGUGGUGUACUAACAAAACCAUUAACUGAUUUAUUUAACCAAUAAUUGUUAACAGGAGCAGUCCCAGAAGAUUGGAAAUUAGCAAAUGUUGUGCCCAUUCACAAGAAAGGUAGUAGGGAGGAGUCAGGCAACUAUAGGCCAGUAAGCCUUACUUCAGUAGUUGGGAAAGUGAUGGAAACCUUGUUAAAGGAUAGGAUUGUUGGACAUCUAAAAUCACAUGGAUUUCAAGAUCAGAGACAACAUAAGUUUACUUCAGGUAGAUCAUGCCAAACUAAGCUAAUUGAUUUUUUUUGAUUGGGCAACUAAAAUAAUAGAUCAGGGUGGUGUAGUAGACAUUGCUUACCUAGAUUUCAGUAAGACUUUUGACACUGUUUCACAUAGAAGGCUCAUCAAUAAACUGCAAUCUUUAAGUUGGAUUCCAAUAUUGUUGAAUGGGUUAGGCAGUGGCUAAAUGACAGGCAACAUGUAGUCAACGAAGUAUAUUCGAAGCAAGGUCUAGUUACCAGUGGGGUACCUCAGGGAUCUGUACUUGGACCCAUUCUCUAUAAUAUUUUUAUUAGUGAUAUUGCAGAAGGUCUUGAUGGUAAGGUACCGUAUAUACUCGAGAAUAAGCCGAGUUUUUCAGCACAUUUUUUGUGCUGAAAAAGCCCCCCUCGGCUUAUACUCGAGUCACUGUCUGUAUUAUGGCAACUUACAUUGCCAUAAUACAGACCAGGACCGCUGGGCUCAUUAUAAGCCCGGCGGUCCUGUUAGGGGCCGGAGCAAGCUGUUACUUACCUUUGUAGCAGCUCCGGUCAGCUCCGUUCAGCUCCCUGUUCAGCUCACAGUGUAAGUCUCGCGAGACCCGCGACCGUCAGAGCCUUGCCACGCUCUGCGCGGCAUGCAGACCGCAAGACUUACACUGUGGCUGAGCUGAACGAGCUGACGGAGCUUACAAAGGUAGUAACAGCUUGCCCUGACCCCUGCACAGCCCAUGCCACUGGACCACCAGGGAAUGAGAUAGCCCCCCUCCCUGGCCAGGUAACAAGCGGGAAGGGGGGACAAAAAAAUAAAAUGAAACAAAUAAAUAAUAAAAAUAAUAAAAUAAUAUUAAAAUAAUAAUAAUAAUAAAAUAUUAAAAAAAUAUAUAUUAAAAUAAUAAAAAUGCCCUCCCCAGUUUACACACACACACACACACACACACACACACUCUGCAUUAUAUACACACACACACACUCUGCAUUAUAUACACACAGAUUGUGUGUGUAUAUAAUGCAGAGUGUGUGUGUGUUUGAAUAAGUGUGUGUAUAUAAUGCAGAGUGUGUGUGUGUGUGUGUGUGUAUAUAAUGCAUACACACACAAACUCAUACAAACACACACUCUGCAUUAUAUACACCCUGCAUUAUAUACACACACACACUGCAUUAUAUACACACACUCUGCAUUAUACACAAACACUGCAUUCAUUAUAUACACACUGCAUUCAUUAUAUACACACACACACUGCAUUCACGCAAACACACACAUUCUGCAUUCAUUAUAUACACACACUACACACAAACACACACACACACACACACGCUGCAUUCAUUAUAUACACACACAGUAAAUAAAUAUUCAAUUAAUGUAAUUUUAUUGGGAUCUAAUUUUAUUUAGAAAUUUACCAGUAGCUGCUGCUUUUCCCACCCUAGGCUUAUACUCGAGUCAAUAAGUUUUCCCAGUUUUUUUGUGCUUCGGCUUAUAUUCGGGUCGACUUAUACUCGAGUAUAUACGGUGUGUCUUUUUGCUGAUGAUACUAAAAUUUGCAACAGGGUUGAUGUUCCAGGAGGGAUAAGCCAAAUGGCAAAUGAUUUAGAAAAAUUUGAAAAAUGGUCAGAGCUGUGGCAACUGACAUUUAAUGUGGAUAAGUGCAAGAUCGUGCACCUUGGACGUAAAAACCCAAGGACAGAGUACAGAAUAUUUGAUAGUCCUAACCUCAACAUCUGAGGAAAGGGAUUUAGGGGUGAUUAUUUCAGAUGACUUAAAGGAAGGAUGACAAUGUAAUAGAGCAGCAGGAAAUGCUAGGAGAAUGCUUGGUUGUAUAGGGAGAGGUAUUAGCAGUAGUAAGAUGGAAGUGCUCAUGCCAUUGUACAGAACACUGGUGAGACAUCACUUGGAGUAUUGUACACAGUACUGGAGACCGUAUCUCCAGAAGGAUAUUGAUACUUUGGAAAGAGUUCAGAGAAGGGCUACUAAACUGGUUCAUGGAUUGCAGGAUAUUACUUACCAAGAAAGGAUAAAGGAACUUAACAUGUAUAGCUUGGAGGAAAGACGAGAUAGGGGGGAUAUGAUAGAAACAUUUAAAUACAUAAAGGGAAUCAACACAGUAAAGGAGGAGACUAUGUUUAAAAGAAGAAAAACUACCACAACAAGAGGACAUAGUCUUAAAUUAGAGGGGCGAAGGUUUAAAAAUAAUAUCAGGAAGUAUUACUUUACUGAGAGGGUAGUGGAUCCAUGGAAUAGCAUUCCAGCUGAAGUGGUAGAGGUUAACACAGUGAAGGAGUUUAAGCAUGUGUGGGAUAAGCUAAGGCCAGGGACUAAUGAAAGUAUUUAGAAAAUUGGGCAGACUAGAUGGGCCGAAUGGUUCUUAUCUGCCGUCACAUUCUAUGUUUCUAGGUUUCUCUAGUUACAUAUAAGGGUCUGUGAGUCCUAAAAACCAGGUCUCAGCCAUAAAAACCAGGUUAAGAAGAAGCAUAUUAUGUAAAUAAGAGAGCGUAUGUGUCCGUAUAAUAAAGUCAAUUUUUUUUUUGGUUUAAAGCAAAGUUAGAAUUACUCCAAUUUCAAACCAUUUGCUUUCUACCAUUUUGUAAUGAAUAAGUAAUGGUCUCUGCAGUCAAAGCAUUUAAAAAAAAAAAAAAUCAGAAUAUAUUUUUCCUGGCAUCUCUGUUUAAUUUACUGAUCUUUCAUAUAACCAUUCAUACAAAAAGAUAUGGAAGGGCUGCGCCAAAUAAGGGUAGAUAGUCCAGUAAAGUAUUGCUAGGGUGCCAAUAGAUGGUCUAGGAUACUUGAUAGAGUUCCUCUGUGGAUGCGUCUGGUGUAGACCGUUCCGUAUAUGUAAAUACAAGAGAGGUAGAGGCGACUAAUGGUAUAGUAUGAAAGUUCAGGGUGUGAUAGGUAACAAAAAGUAAAGAACUCACAUUCAGGAGAGCUAUGGCCAGCUCUGGUGUGGAUUGCGUACAGCGGUAUAAUCCCCGCUUAUGGGAUAUGUAGGGAGGGGUCUCCGUCAGCACCGUCUGGUAGUCCAGAGCUCGAAAAAGAAAGACAGAAAGCAACAAUAGUGCUCUCAAUUUUGAUGUGGUUCAAUGUGCAGAUAAGAAGAGGUAAAAAACUCACAUUCUGAAGAAGCCACUUAUGGUGAAACGCGUUUAUGGUUAUUAAUUCUGUAUUUUACUGUGUAUUUUAGAUCAAUAAAAGUUUUUUGGCUACUUUAUUGUACCAAUCCUCUUUUAUUGCACUCUUUAUGCACUUUAAACAACUUUUGUUUUUACCUAUUCCUGGCAUUUUAACCUUUCCUGGUUACUUUUACUUCCAUUGGCAAUUUUAAAGUUCCAGUACUCCAAGAAAUCCUAGGUGGGGAUCAUACCACCGGCGCCUAUCCAUAGAGCAGUACCUCUGCUCUAUCUUUGUGAGUAUUAUUUUAUUUUCUCUACUACUCUCUUAACCUAUCACAAUUGAGAGCACUAUUGCUGCUUUUUAUUCUUCUAUAUUGGAGCCUUGGAUCACCAGACGGUGCUGACGGACGUAUCGCCGCUACAUAUCCUAUAAGCGGGGAUUAUACCGCUGUACGCUAUCCACACCAGAGCUGGCCAUAGCUCCCUCAAAUGUGAGUUUUGUACCUCUUCUUAUCUGCACAUUGAACCACAUCAAAAUUGAGAGCACUAUUGUUGCUUUCUGUCUUUCUUUUUCGAGCUCUGGACUACCAGACGGUGUUGACGGAGACCCCUCCCUACAUAUCCCAUAAGCGGGGAUUAUACCGCUGUACGCAAUCCACACCAGAGCUGGCCAUAGCUCUCUUGAAUGUGAGUUCUUUACUUUUUGUUACCUAUCACACCCUGAACUUUCAUACUAUACCAUUAGUCGCCUCUACCUCUCUUGUAUUUACAUAUACGGAACGGUCUACACCAGACGCAUCCACAGAGGAACUCUAUCAAGUAUCCUAGACCAUCUAUUGGCACCCUAGCAAUACUUUACUGGACUAUCUACCCUUAUUUGGCGCAGCCCUUCCAUAUCUUUUUGUAUCUAUCCACCGAAGGACCCGAGGGGUUUUCCUUCAUUUGGGUUGCUGCCUACCUUGACUAAUUUUGUGAUUACUAGCGCUGAAUUCUUUUUGUGUUUAUAUAUAACCAUUCAUAACCUAAUGUUUUACUAUAUUAUUAAUUAUAUCUAUUAGUGGUAUCUUAUUGUAGCUAUAUAAUAAAAUGUGAUAAAAUAACAAAGAAUAUGAUGUGUAACGCGCCAAGAUACUCCUGGUGCCAUUACCACGACAGUCAGCUGCAGUGGUUAUGGUGCUUGGAUUGUUCCUUUAACAGUAAUAUUUCAUAAUACUUUCAGUGCCAAUUGAAUUUCAUUUUUUUCUUCUCAUUUCUAUGGAUUACAAAUGUUUAGAUAGAGAAUAAAUUGUUUUCUGUUUCUUUUCUGUUAUAAUACUAUCCUUACCUUUUUGUGUCAUUUUACCCCACUCCCUCUACCAUGUAAGCUCAUUGAGCAGGGCCCUCAACCCCUCUGUUCCUGUGUGUCCAACUUGUCUGGUUACAAAUACAUGUCUGUUCGUCCACCCAUUGUAAAGCGCUGCAGAAUUUGACGGCGCUCUAUAAAUAUCAUAAUAAUAAUAAUAAUAAAUGACAUAAUUCUAUCACUCGUUCUCCAGGUUGUCUAUGAUAACAGCACACUAUACGUUUUUGCACCAACAGCCGAAAUCAGGCAACAGUGGGUGAAAGUUCUAAAAGAAGGUAAUGUAUGACAUGAAUUGUAUUUGUAAUGUGCCAUGGCUUUCUGCACUCUCAGUUAUUGUAAUUUCAAGGAAGCGAGGAAUGUAGGAUUAUUCACUUAAGUAAUAGUUCAAAAUAAAUUUCAAUUUGAAGGCCAAAGUAGCCGAAUGGGAAGCAUAGCUAAUGUGGAGAAUUAUUCCAGUUUUGCUAUGAAUUCUCACUUUUGACACUGCACGGAAGGCUUAGAGCCUAGGGAAAGCUAACUGAAAGAAACAGAUGGGAGGAGGGGGAAGAGGGAAGAUGGUUUCAGUGUUCUUUAUAGCUGUGCGAAAGAGACUAUGUGCAGUGGUGGGAUUCAGACGGUUCGCACAAGCCUGUUACUAAGAUAAAACAAGUUGCCGAACCCCUUCAGCAGCUUACCUUAAUCCAGAGCCGAGCUCCCUCGGCGCUGGUGACCUCUCCUCCCUGUCCGACGUCAGCUCCCCCGUCCAAUGUCAGAGGAGCCGAAUUCAUAUGUGCAGCAAGUGCCGCGCGCGCAUUCAAAGUGUCCAUAAGAAUGCAUUUCUCAGUGCUUUCCUAUAGACGCUCUGCGCGAUGGAUGCGAAUUUCGCAUUCACCGUCACAGAUGCGCCUCUAGCGGCUGUCCGGAAGACAGCCACUAGAGGCUGGAUUAACCCCAAAUGUAAACAUAGCAGUUUCUCUGAAACUGCUAUGUUUACAUCUGAAGGGUUUAAAACCUUAGGGGCCUGGCACCCAGACCACUUCAUUCAGCUGAAGUGGUCUUGGUGACUAUAGGGUCCCUUUAACUGCACAGUCUGCCUACCUGACGCUGCUCCUGGGAGGGAGGGGAGGUCUGCUCGGCUCCCAUUUACCAUAGAGAAGGGGCUUGUGUAGCCAGGCUUGAGGUCUGAACGCUAAAUGAGGGGGCUGGAGAUAAGAUGGGAUGAAAGGUAAACGUCACAUCCCUUCCCCCGCACUCUGACAAUGUCUGCCACGCUCCAGAGAGGGUGUGAGAAGGCUGGGCAGAAGAAAUAAGUUAGUGACAGCAGCUUUUGCUGUGACAUAAUUUAUUGCUCUAAUCUUCCUUCUGAGACAGAAAGAUCGACAGCUCACUGAGCUAACUAGUGAUCUUUGCCAGAGACCAGACAGCAGAUAAGUAAGUUCACAAUUCAUAAAGUCACAGACCAAAAAUCACUAAUGUUUUUCUGUCCAAGGGUGUAUAUGAGUGACUGCGUCGAUGUGCUUGUGUGUGUGCGUGCAUGACUGGGAGGGGUAGAGUCUUGGACCCAGGCAGCACAAUGUCUUAGGCUGGCCCUGUGGGGUUGGAAACAUGAAAAGUCAGAACUGGUUACUAAAAUAACUAUAAAUAUUCUUGCAGAUUUGCAUUUACCUAUGAAGGAAGGCAUCACACAUUUCACAGGACCUUUUUGUUGUCUAUGUGCACUGGACCAUUUUUAUGGUGGCAUCCCACCCUGUCCAAGGCAGAAACUUCCCCUUGCAAAAUUUGAAAAUGGGUAUUAUUGAAUUCUCACUUUAGUGAAUAACCCUCAUAGUCUGGAAAUUAUGUUUCCGAAUGUGCGCACAAAGAAAACAUUUUUCCAGCUCUGAAUAUUUCAGUUUAAUUGUCAAUUAUAUGUAACGCACUGGUGAAUUAAUAAUAUUAUUAUUGCAUUAAAACCAAUGUCCAUUGCUUAAUCUGUUGAAAUGACAAAAUUCUUGAGGCUAAUGCUUUGUCUCAGUGUCAGAUGAGAGUGAUGUAAAAUGAGUUGGGACUGAAAAAUAAGAUUGAGUUUGAAAUGAUCUUGUAUAUAAAUUUUUUUUUGGUAAAAACAGUUUUACAAUAAAACUACUGGGUUGUUGUAAAUAUUAGUUGUACUUCUACAUUUGUACAAUAUCCUGCAAUUUACAUUUUUUCCCUUUCUUUUUAUCUCUUUUCUUUUUUUUUUAGAAAUAAAGAACAACACCUACAUUUUAGCAAAAUAUCACCCUCAAUUCUGGGCAGAUGGAGUUUAUCAGUGUUGUAGGCAAACAGACAAAUUAGCUCCAGGAUGUGAAGAAUAUAAUCUUUUUGGAGAUAGUAAGUUUUUUAAUGAAAAUAUCUGUAUAAACUCAAUGUAACCUCCCUACUAUAAGGAUACAUUAUACUAGACAUGUGCAAUUAGUUUCGUUCCGAAUGUACAUGUAGACGAAUUUCGUGCAAUUCGGAUGCUUAUGAAUGUCUGAAGUUCCAAAUUGCCAAAGUCACGGAUUGCCAAAGUUCCAUAGUGCUUUGGAUUUCUGAAAAGUGGCAAGACAAGUGGUUAGGGGUUAGGGUCCGAAUUGCUGAAGUUCCGAAGUGCCGAAGCGAAUGCCAUUGGUCAGAAUUGCCGAAGCAGACAAAUUUUUUUACUUACCCGAAUUUCCAAACCGAACCAAAUUUUUGGCCCAUGCACAUCCCUACAUUAUACUGCUUCUCUACUACCAACAGAGAUACCACUCCAUCUUUGACCCACAUUGGGUCCAUAUAGAAAAUAAAAAUAAAAAAUUGAGUUGCCGGAUCUUCUCCAUAUGGAAGAAGGAAGAUGCUUUAAUCCAAAGAGCAGAAUAAAUUAUCUUUAUUCAAAUGAAAAUGACAUGUGACUAAGACAGUGAUGGCUAACCUUGACACCAUAUAUUUGUUUCUGGACUACAUCUCCCAUGAUGCUCAGCUAGCUUUUAGAGUUUAAAAGCUGAGCACCAUGGGAAAUGUAGUCCAGAAACAAUUUAUGGUGUCAAGGUUAGCCAUCACUGGACUAAGACAUCCAGGGGGAGUAAAAGGACCACUUCUGAUGCAUUUUGUGCAUACCUCAGAUGAGUGCCAGUAGGCACAAAAUGCAUUAGCAGUGGUUCUUUUGCAAUGUCAGGAAAUAUACAGCCUCAGUGUUUCUUGAGAUUCAGUGCAUCACAGCAAGUACACUGAAUAUAUAUAUAUGUAUAUAUAUAUAUAUAUAUAUAUAUAUACACACACACUGCUCAAAAAAAUAAAGGGAAAACUUAAACAACACAAUGUAACUCCAAGUCAAUCACACUUCUGUGAAAUCAAACUGUCCACUUAGUGACAAUUAAUUUCACAUGCUGUUGUGCAAAUAGGAUAGACAACAGGUGGAAAUUAUAGGCAAUUAGCAAGACACCCCCAAUAAAGGAGUGGUUCUGCAGGUGGUGACCACAGACCACUUCUCAGUUCCUAUGCUUCCUCGCUGAUGAUUUGGUCACUUUUGAAUGCUGGCGGUUCUUUCACUCUAGUGGUAGCAUGAGAUGGAGUCUACAACCCACACAAGUGGCUCAGGUAGUGCAGCUCAUCCAGGAUGGCACAUCAUUGCAAGCUGUGGCAAGAAGGUUUGCUGUGUCUGUCAGCAUAGUGUCCAGAGCAUGGAGACAGGCCAGUACAUCAGGAGACGUGGAGGAGGCCUUAGGAGGGCAAUAACCCAGCAGCAGGACCGCUACCUCCACCUUUGUGCAAGGAGGAACAGAAGGAGCACUGCUAGAGCCCUGCAAAAUGACCUCCAACAGGCCACAAAUGUUCAUGUGUCUGCUCAAACGGUCAGAAACAAACUCCAUGAGGGUGGUAUGAGGGCCCGAUGACCACAGGUGGGGGUUGUGCUUACAGCCCAACACCAUGCAGGACGUUUGGCAUUUGUCAGAGAACACCAAGAUUGGCUCUUCACAGAUGAAAGCAGGUUCACAUGGUCGAUUUUUAAUAUAAUUCAUUCAAAAUGAGCAGCCAUUCCUUUUUGCAAUAUAUAUAUAUAUUAAAUUAAACUGUAUCUUGCACUCAGGCUUCAAACUUGCCAAACCGGGUGCAUUACCAGGGCUUGAGUAUCCAUAUAAUCAGGUAAUGUGGCUGCACUCACAGAUUUUCAAUAAAAAUUAACUUUUAUUCCAGUUUCUUUUAAAACAGAUCAACGUUUCAGUCCAUCUUGUGGACUUUCAUCAGGAUCAACUGAGAAACUGGAAUAAAAGUUAAUUUUUAUUGAAAAUCCGUGAGUGCAGCCACAUUACCUGAAUAUAUAUAUAUAUAUAUAUAUAUAUAUAUAUACACAGCCAGAUUUUUAUUUUGAGCUAAUAAAAGCUAAGUUUUAUUCAUUCUACUUGGAAGUCCUUGGAGUGCUAUCUUGUAAUUUUGGCUAUAUCUGUUUGCUGAUAAGCACAGGGCAAGUACAUCAAGGAAGGUAGAAUGCAUUUCUAUUUUUGUUUUUUAUAUAUAUAUUAUAUAUAUUCCAUUCUAUUUUAAUCCAUGUAGUUAUUUACAUGGAGUAGUAUUGCUGUACUUGGAUGCAGAAAAUAAAAUAUAUGUUAAAAACACAAAUAUAUAUAUAUAUAUAUCCAGCAAGUUUGACAAUGCAUGGUGAUAAAAUGGUAGAAAGAAAAGUUUCAAAAUGCUCUUGGCUAAGUACUUUGGGGGUUUAUUUUAUCUAAAAAUAUACUUUUGUGGAGUGGUAUUGGAUUAUGGGAAUGCUAUUUGACUUGUAGUUGCAGCUGACAACAUUUUGCAAAGGAUUAUCAUAAUAACAAAUGAAUGUAUUUUUACUGGCAUUAGUUGUGUAAAAAUUGUUAUAAGUGGAGGAAAGAUAACAUAAGCAAAACUUUGAAUAUAUAUAUUUUUUAAUUUGUUCCCCGACUUUAACAAUGUAUUCAUGUUUAAUGUUGUGUGACGUAUACAUAUAUGGUGUGAGACGUAAAUCCUAUCUGCCCUUUAAAAAAAAUUAAAAAAUUAGUAAUUAACAUAUAGCAAAAAUACCUAAAAAGAUUCAGUAAAAAAAUUACAGAAUACAGAGAAGCCUUGGUCACAAAAAAAUGUAAUAAAAGCAUUCAUUUACAUUUUCUCCCUUUUUUUUUUCUAGUUGCAAGAAAGCCUCUGCCUCCAACUCCAGAUGCAAUCAUGGUGAGAACAAGUAGGAUGUUUUAUUUUAUCAUAGAAAAAAAUAGCUCAGAAUUCCCUAGUCUUUCACUUUUGAGGACUAUUUAUGUUUUUGGUAAGUGAAGGUCUUUGGAAAUAGAAAUAGAAUAAUGAGCUUAGAUUAAAAAAAUAAAUAAAAUGUAAAAAAAUGAAAAUAAAUCUAUAUAUGUGGCGGGACCGCUGCCUGUCCGUGAAUUGCCUUUUUUACAUUAUGUGUGUUUUCCCCAUCUUUUUGCAUAUUGUGCCCGCUCCCCGUUUGGGAGUGCCUCCACGAAGGGAAUUAAUUCGCCUCCCGAACAGGGGACCACCCUGAUACCCCCAUUUAGAAUGUUGGUUUAAAACCUUCACACCUCGCAACAUAAGUAUCAAACCGCAAGGGAAGCAAUUAAUGGGCGCUCCCCUGGGCAGAUGCCAUUCAUACAGACGAAUACCAGACAGGGGGAGCGUACGUGGAUUGUUUCCCGACUCGUUAGUAUCCCGAAUGAGGACCUCCCCAGUGUCCCAUUAGAACGUUUGCACCAACUAUUCAGAAUGUUCUCACUUGCAAUCUAAGUGUGAAACCGCAAGGGAAGUAAUUAAUGAGUGCUCCCCUGGGUGACCGCCAUUUCGUAUAUACGAACACCAUCCGGGGGGGCAUUCAUACUCUUAAAGGAGACGCUUCCCACCAGGACCUCGGGAAAUAUAUAUAUAUAUAUAUAUAUAUAUAUGUACACAUAUACACUCAGGGGUAGGCAACCUUCGGCACUCCAGUUGUUGUGGACUUCAUCUUCCAUAAUGCUUUUGGUGUAGUCCAAAACAUCUGGAGUGCCGAAGGUUGCCAGAAGAUCUAGAUCAGGCCUGCCACCCAGAUGUUGCUGAACUACAACUCCCAUAAUUCUUUCAAUAAAAUAGCCGGGGAAUCAUGGAAAUUGUCGUUUAGCAAUAUCUGGGGGACGCCAAGUUGGACAGCUCUGAUCUAGAUGUUCUCUACACACUGCUAGAUGUUUAAAUGGGGGCACUUUGUUAAACAAACCACCGAUUUGUGCUGACACAAGUCCUUACCAUAAUGAAUCAAGCAUAACACUUAAUAGCAGGUUUGGUAGUUACAUUUUAGGUACCUUAUAAACUCUCAAACUAAUGUACACACAUUUUUUUAUAAUAUUAAAUGCCAAACAUUGAGUUAAUGCUCACUGUCUUUAGAUGAUCUUUAGAUCUAAAGAUUUAUCCAAUGCAUACAAUGACUCAGUUUAGAAUUCUCUGUACAGAUAUCCUUACCUGCAACUUUCAUUACUACCCGUUGUAAAAAUGCAUAAUUAAAUCCACGCAUGUUUUCAUUUGGGCUAUAUCUACUAAACAGUGAUUUUUAUUUAUUUUGUAUUUGGGCACUGGAGUUUCCCUUUAAUUAUUUUAGAAUAUGUUUUGUUAUGGAAGAAACGCCUUUACAGUUUUAUUAGCUAUGUUAUAAUAUAUAUAACAUAUAUAACAUGUAUUAUAUUCGUUAUGUUCUAUUGUUUUCAGUUCUAUAUAAUGUUAGUGAGUAAGGGGGAAACAUUGAUAAAUGUAGCUAAUUUUAAAUGUAAUCAUAAUAAAAUGCUGACUGACUAUCAUUUGUAUUUUUACUGGCCAAACAGACAAAUAACGGAGUUAUAAAGACGUUUUCAUAACAUAAAUGAAAAUAUUUAAUAGUGCCUUAAAAAUCUCGUUUUAUUUUAUCUAGUCACGGCCUCCACCCCCUCUCCCUCCAGAAGAAAAAACAGAUGGAGAGAAGGGAGAAAGAGACGAAAUGGUUAUCGCAAUGUUUGAUUUCUUUCCAGCUGAAUCGCACGAUCUCGCUCUAGUCACUGGAGAAGAAUAUGUCAUAGUUGAAAAAAAGGAUGCCCAUUGGUGGAAAGCAAGGGAUAAAUAUGGGUGGGUAUGAGAACACAUCGGGCAGUUUUCUGGAAUGUAUGCAAAUUGUUAGAUGAUCUCCAAAGAACCAGAAACAAACUCUAAUGGCUGAAGUUGGUUUCCCAUUAAAACUAAAACAACAUUAAUCACAAAUAAUGAUAUUCUCAGUGGUAUGCUCCUAUUAAUACAAAAAGGAUCUGAAUUCACUUUUUCAUCCUUUUUUAGUAUCUUUAAUUAAACCAUUAAACAACUUUUUUAAAGUCUCUUCCCCUCUGUUUUACUCAAUACCUUUUUAAAAAUAGUAUAAACUUACCUGGAAUCCAGUGCUGGGCCAAGUUCUCCGCCAUCACUUCAAUGCCUCUUCUUUCCUAGAGCUGCAUUAUCUUCUUCCUUGUUGAGGUCCAAGCAUUUGCUUCUCAUAGAGAAGCAUUGAUGGACAUGCAGUGAAUGCGCGGCGAGCAAUGCAAAUACGACAAUCAUCUUCUUCACAUAGAAAAGCAUUGAAUCCAAUGCUUUGUUUCCUGAAAGAAAGGAACCCAUCUGGGCAUGUAAAUGAGUGGACAAGGGGAGGGAAGUCAGUUUAUUACUGGCUCACACUGAUCACACUGGAAGGAGGGUGUAACCUAUUGGAGAGGGCAGUCAGUGUUGCAGAAAAGUGCACAUAUCUCUGUAUAUGCAGUGUUUCAAGCUGAAAUGCUGCACACACAGAUUGCUUGCUCCAUGACCACUUCUAAAAGCAGAAGAAGUCAAAGAGGUUGAAGAAACCUUAGAGAAACAUUGCAUUGUCAGUGUGCCGUACUCGGUGCUUGCAGGCGCUGUAUUUUUCAGUGUAGACAUGAAUAAAUGGUUGCCAACUUAAAAAAUUACUUUUGACAUUCUAUAGAGUAUUUUAUUUAUUUUCAAAGUGUACCAUAUUUGUACUUACACACUCUGUGAUUGUUGGAUCUACCUGAAUAUUUAAACAUUGCUACAGAGACAAGGCGACUGUUGCAAUGCUGUUCACCAGCAUAUUAAAGGUAUUUUAUUUUGUUUGUCUUUCCUAGGAAAGAGGGAUACAUUCCAAGCAAUUACGUCACAGAGAAGAAACUAGACAAUCUAGACCAGUAUGAGUAAGUAUUAAUACAAGGGUCCGAUGGGAGCCAAACACCCAUCUAUAAUAAUGCAAUUUAACUGUGUGUUAACUAAAUUACAAAAAUGUAACCAUUGUCUGGCUGUCUUUAUUUUAUGCACAAACCUUAAGUCUCAAGUCUUCCUUACUUAAUCAGUAACAGUAGAAUCAACGAUUGCUAUCUCACUUGUUAGGACCAAUAAAACUUAAGUUUCUAAACUUUUUUUUCCCUAGGUGGUAUAGCAAAAGUAUGAACCGAAGUAAAGCAGAACAGCUCCUUAAAAAUGCAGUAAGUAGUGCAGUUCUGUAAAAUCAAAAAAAAAAAAUAUUGCAGUAAGUAUUAUAAAUGUAGAACAUGGACAUUGGCCUAUUAUUUCCUCUAAUAUAUUUUUAUUUUAGUCCUUAAGUCCGUGCCAGUUUUUGACAAUGUUGCUACAAACCUAAACCACCCUAUGUCUAUGGCUUUUUUUUAUGCAGCUGAACUUUCACAUUAAUUCCCACCUAUUUCUAAUCUGAAUAGUAUUUCUACUUUAUAUUGUGCAGAAAUUUGUGUUUAAAAUUAAAUGUGCACCUGUGCCCUCACUCAGCCUCCUUGUGAAUCAGUCCGAAAUACAAAGUAAAUUAGAGAGGAUGCUGUACACAAGAUCCAGCGCACUCACCUAUCCACUAAACAGCAACUUCAAUGUUGAAAGAUUUUAUUUGUUUUUUUAAAAACCCCUAAUCUAGGCAAAAAUAAUGGGGGUUUAGUUACAUUAUAUGAUCAUACAUUGCAUAAGCCUGCCACAACGUCAAUGUACCCCAUCUUUGGCAGGUCCUACACUAACAGCCUAAUGUCUGCUCUUAUGAGAUUAACCUACUUGGGGAAAGAAAUUCCAUCUGGGGCUCUCUGCAGUACAAGGCUAAAUAGGGCCCUGGGAUGAGGCACCUGUGACAGGGAGGGGUGCAAAACCAAGGAGUUGGCUAGACUCCCAAAUAUAUAUAAAACAAGAGGGGGUUGGCUGCACUCACCUUAACAUGCAUAAAUGGGGGUGCUGCUGGGGGCCAAAUAAUACAAUACACAAGAUCCAGCGCACUCACCUAUCCACUAAACAGCAACUUCAAUGUUGAAAGAUUUUGUUUUUUUAAAAACACCUAAUCUAGGCAAAAAUAAUGUUUUUUAUAUAUAUUUGGGAGUCUAGCCAACUCCUUGGUUUGGGAGUCUAGCCAACUCCAUAGGCGGGUGUCAAAGGUCACUCUAUGGCUAAUGCUUCUUUGUUUUUAUUAAUUAUAAAUGGUCAAUUUGUUUUGCAGUGCUGUGGACAAUGAGAUACAAAGCCAUAUGUUCUCACUAUUUUAUGCAUUGAUAUAUUAAAACAUGUUAAAGAAAAAAAUAAAUGUGCUUUUUUAAUAUGCCAAUACUUUGGAAUUGAAUGCGAAAUGUUGGGUUUGCCAUGCAUUUGACUGCAAAAUGCCAUAAACUAUAUUGUGUAAAUUGCUUAAUUUACUGUGUGUGAAACACCUGUAUUGGCAUAUUUAGCAUUAUCGUGUACCUGUUGUGUCGUUUUUAGGAUAAAGAAGGAGGUUUUAUCGUUAGGAAUUCAAGCCAAGCUGGCUUAUACACUGUGUCACUUUAUACUAAAUAUGGAGGGUAAGUUCGUACAUUCCGAUUUACAAAUCAUUCUCCUACUGUGUAGACAAGCAAUUUAUUAUCUACAGUUUCAUGUGUAAAGUGUCUUAACACCUUGUAAAGUGUACCUGACCUGUACAUGUAGUUUGCUGGGUAAUGGUUUUCUUUUAGCCAAAUAUUUUUUAAAAAGGUAGAAAUAUAAGAUUAAAGCUUAUAUUUUUAGGGCCUUAGGUGUACAGCUGUAGAAUAAGGUUCUAAUUUAGUCUCCUGGGUCUGGAGGUUUGGAGGUACUUUUGCAGGUCUUCACCCAUCAAUGCCCUGCACCCCCAGGGUCUUGUGGCCGAUGGAAACAGAUAGAAUUUAGUAAUAGCUAGUUUCGGGUGCCUAUGGAUUCACGUAACUAACAGUGAAUCAGUUAGUCUGGUAAUAAAUAUCAGGAACUCGUAACAAAGUACAAAUAGAUAAGAUAGGAACUAAGGUGUGAAGGGACUAAGGCACAAAAUGACACUUCAUAGACCAACAAAACUUAGGUAUAGGUAUACUCUGAGUACGUACUCAGCUCAGCCAAUGAGAGAUCAGUGUGAGGCGAGCUGCUGACAUCACUCAACAUUGCCCCAGCACCCCUAUUAUGUGCUUCUAUUGUUCCUUUAAACAAUACAUUUGGAGUUCUGCUUCUCAUUGACACUCUUGCAGCAAAAUCCCAGAAUAUAUGAGUAGGAUUCUGGGGUUGAACUACAAACAUUUUGGGAUAUCCAAAAAUUACCCUAAUAGUACAAGCUUCAAGGUAAUUAAGCUAUACAAUAGCAUCUACAUUCGUAAAACAAUGAAGAUUAAGCUACUUAAAAUGUCCAUGUAAAUAGUUAACCUGUCACUGUGACAGUGCUCCCUACUUUUUUUAGAAAAGUUUACUUAAUAAUACGGCUCUAACUGAGACCUUAUUCCUCCCUUCGUGUAACACUUACUGAGAAUCUCUUGCAGAGUAUGGUCCAAUAAUAAUAAAUAGAGAAAAGCUAGGAAUUAUAUGGCUCUUUUUGAUAUGAUUAAUUGGUAAUUGUAAUUCACCGUUUCAUCUAAGUGUUUUAUAUAGCCUUAUUAGCUCUUAUCUGUUGUUUGAUUGUUUUAUGGAGCAUUCAAAUGUCCAUUUGAGUAUAUUUUUCUGAAACAAAGACCAGAACAAAAUAAAAACCUUCAGGAAAUUCUGUAGAUUUUAUGAUAUUUUUUUAGAAUGUGUGAUAUGUUCUGUAACCUUUUCACCACAUUCUGUACAUAAUAUCAAUCUGUACUGACAGCGGUAUUUCUAAAACUUUCGUUUCAGGGAAGGCACCUCAUCAAUAAGGCACUACCACAUUAAAGAGACUGCAUUUCCAAAGCAGUACUACCUUGCAGAGAAACACAUCUUCAGUGCAAUCCCAGAAAUGAUUGAGUAUCACAAACACAAUGCAGCUGGUAAAUACAUCACAUCUCACAGUUCUAAUCGGAAACUAUGGGUUAACACAGCUGCUAGUCAGGUUUCUUGGAAACAGACAGAUUAGAAUCAGAUUGCACAGAAAGCCAAGUAGGAUGUAGAAAAGAGCAGCUACAAAGGUAUAACUCAGAUACAAUCAAGAAUGCAUGUCUCUCAGGAAGAGGCACAACUUGACAGUUCAGCAAAAGGAUUGGUAUGAUCUAGAACAGGCCUGUCCAACCUGUGGCCCCCCCAGAUGUUGCUGAACUACAACUCCCAUGAUUCUUUCAAUUAAACAGAUAGACAGGGAAUCAUGGGAGUUGUAGCUCAGCAACGUCUGGGGGGCCGCAGGUUGGACAGCCCUGAUCUAGAACAACCUUCAGCACUCCAGAUUUUGUGGACUUCAUCUUCCAUCAUGCUUGGCCAGCAUCAUGACUGUAAGAGCAUUAUGGGAGAUGUAGUUGCCAAUAUCUGGAGCGUCGAAUGUUGUUCUAGAAACAACUGCUGCAACAGGUCUACGAAUUAGGAUGAUAAGCACCCAACUCAGAGCAAGCAGGUGGAAAGGCUUGUAUAAAGAACAACAGGGAAGGGACAUCAGAUAAGCCUCGGUAAUUCAGCUCAAUAUAGCCUUGUACUAAAUCAGAUAAUUUUAGGUAACAAAAAGUGUCAGGUCCUCUUUUUAAAAUGUAAUAGAUAAACAGAUUUACCAACAUGUUUAAACUGGGGAUAUUCCGUGACACAGUGCCAAAUUCAAAGCAACUGAUUUAGGAAUUGGAUUUUAGUCUAGUGCAUUAGGAACGUGAUUGAAAUUUAGCAGUUUAACAGAGAACUGCUCCGAUUAUGCCUUGCUAAAUGUGACCAAUUUUCCUUAAAAUGUCAAAAAGGCUGAAAUAAAGAAUUAAUAUGAUACUAGCAAAUGUCCCUGUAUUCACUGUUUGUCUCUAUUCACUGUUUGGCAGUUUUUAAAGGAACGUCUUACAGUCUUCAAAAACAUAUUCUAUUGUUAAAUGGUGUUGUGCUAUAGUGUUCCAUUAGCUGUCAGUAAUAUUUAACAGAAUAAGUAUUUUGCAUGAUAAAAUGCCUUUUUUUUUUUUUUUUAGAAUCUCUGUCACGAACAUGUCCAUUGUUUAUGAAGCAUGGUAGCUCAUUGCAUCAAAAAGAACUGCCUCUCAAUAUGAUGAUCUUGUUUGUUUCAUUUUCUAGGCCUCGUUACCAGACUGCGAUAUCCUGUAUGCUCCAAAACAAAGUCGGCUCCCACAACAGCGGGUUUCAGUUAUGGUAUGAUUGCUCACUAGUAUGAUGCAUGUAAAGUGGCAGAAAUUCCCAUCUGUCAUGUCUCCUAAACAAAGCAUUGCUUGGUGCUAGACCUGGCCUCUGAUCCAAAUUCAACAGUUUCUUUCAAUUACUCAGCUUUCUGUGGGAGCUAUUGACAUUUUUUAGAGUUCAUCAAUGAACUCUGAAAAAUGUUUGUAGAUCAAGUAAUAAACGUUUUCACAUAGGUCAGACAGGAUGCCCUUCUGUUGCGGUCAGACUAAAACACCCAUGUUGCUGAACCUGCUUAUUUCAUACUGAAGCAGUGAAAGUAGAGAAUGCUAUCUGUAAAAACAAAUAGAACCAUUUUGUAUUCAUGUAAUUGACUAGUUUAUAUUCCGUUGGUAUGACUCCCUUAUUAGGCACUGAUGAAUAGCAUAACACGUGGUAAACUUACAACAGAAAUAGGUUUCCGUUUUCUUUUUUCUGUGGAAUUUCAAUGUUUCUAUAUUUUCAUGUUUGCCAGUUUAGACAAAAUUCUGUCAUUUCCAAUAUCCCCUUUUUCAUGUGUUCAGUUCCAUCAUUUGGUCCUAAGUCAAGAAGGCUAGAGAGUCCCAACCUGUUUAAUCCUAACGCAAACCCUCACUCCCUCCCAUCCUCAAAUAUCGCACUAAGUGUUGCUUUGUCCCCUAGUCCCAAAAUAAAAAUAAUCCCUGUCCCCUCCCCCUGUCAUUCCCCUGGGAUUGUGGUAAUUAAAUGUCAAACUUAAAAUGAAUUGGCAGUAUACAAAAUAAAAGUUACUGCAUGAUUUGCUGCGUUUAGUCUAAUAUUUCCCCAGGAGUUAUUUACCAAGGUGUAUUAGACGUUGUGGAUUCAUGCACCCACUGCACAAGACUGUCAGGUUACAAAAUAUCACUUAAAUAAACAGUGCGUGUUUUGUUCCAAGUGUAUAUGAUGUUGAUUUUCCUAAAUGUAUUGGUGGUAAUUUUAUAGUAUUAAUAACCACCUUAUUUUAUCUUAAUGCUAGAGUGUUCCUUAUUUGGCAUACAUGCCUCUGAAUUCAAUACUACUCUGUGAGAAGCAUUGUGACUCUGAAUGUGAACACUCAGUUUUUGAAAGUUUUCACUGGGUACUGCAGGUAAAGUCGGUCUGAUAGCCUCUGGAGACAUCCUGAUUGAAAAAUGUCAACUUUGCGAUAUUUCGCAAAGAGCAAUGCUUACAUUUACCAGACUGCAGAAACAGGGAGUAAGCUGUAAAAAUGUAAGAAUCUAAUUUAUAUAAUUUAAUAUUUUGUGUACUUAAUGAAUCAUGAGAACAAAGCAUUUAUUUCCUGUCCUAAUGUGUUUUAUACCCCACAUCCUAUAGACUUUAAGCUCGUUUGAGCAGGGUCCUCUUCAACCUAUCGUUCCUGUAAGUUUUCUUGUAAUUGUCCUAUUUAUAGUUAAAUCCCCCCUCUCAUAAUAUUGUAAAGCGCUUUAGAAUCUGUGGGUGCUAUAUAAAUGGCAAUAAUAAAAAUAAUUUAAUAUAAAUUCACAUCCACUCCCUUAGUGUCCAGCCCAUCAAAUUAUGCUUACAUAUUUUAUAAUUGCCAUUCUGUCAGGAUGAGGUAAACCAUACACGUGUAAACCUUCUAGUUUCUAAAGAUUUCAAGAUAUUUUGUAUAUUUGCAUAAAGAGAUGUAUUUUAUUACUUUUAGAUAAAUGGGAAAUAAAUCCAUCAGAGCUUACGUUUAUGAAAGAAUUGGGAAGUGGUGUAUUUGGUGUGGUACGUCUAGGAAAAUGGCGGGCCCAAUACAAAGUUGCCAUUAAAGCAAUUCGAGAAGGGGCGAUGUCUGAAGAAGAUUUCAUAGAGGAAGCUAAAGUUAUGAUGUGAGUUUAAACAACAAUGAAGUCAUUUAAAGAUAUUUUCUCUGAUGCCUAUGCUCAGCCAAUUACAGUGUUUUUGAAUAUCACAGAAUUUGCCUUACCCCUUGUCCUGAUGAGGUUAACCAGCUUUAUAUAAAUAAUAUAAGAGUAUUAAAUUACAUGUGUUAUAUUAUUUACUUAAUAUAUAUUUAUAUUUUUCUAUAGGAAAUUUACACACCCCAAGCUAGUUCAAUUGUACGGUGUUUGUACACAGCAACGGCCGAUCUACAUUGUAACUGAAUUUAUGGAACAGGGUUGCCUCCUGAAUUACCUCCGACAAAAGAAUGGCCAGUUCUCCAGAGACCUUUUACUGAGCAUGUGUCAGGAUGUGUGUGAAGGAAUGACUUACCUGGAGGAGAACAAUUUCAUACAUCGUGACCUGGUAAUAAAUACAGACCGUCUUUAUCAGGCUUUCUCUUAAUGAACAUAACUAACCCUUUCACUACCGAGUACUUUGAUAGAAAAAAUAUUAGCAUAACAUAUAUUAGAAGCAAGGGAUGCAAAACUGGCAUAUAAAUGUAUCAUAUCACAACUGUUUUAUGUAUAGAUUGCUUGGCAGGCAAACAAACAUUUUAAUUAUGUAAAUUUACAGAAUUUUUUUUUUCACUUAUUUGUUCAUCCUUUAUAAUAAAUAUUUGGGAAAUUAAAAGGAUUAGACAGUAUACAGUGUCCUUUAUCUUUUUCCUCACAUACACUAGGUGUGAUCAAAAUAAAUUGGCCAAAUCCCUUGCUAACAAAUAUUACAGUGGAUCGCUAGCAGCACAGCAUCCUAAAAAUUACAACAGAAUUUAAAAAGAAUGUCUGCAUUUGAGCAUAAUGCCCAGAUGCAGUGAAUACAGUUAAAUCAUAAUUUCUAAAAUAAAGCUAUUUAAAACUGCUGUAGCAAUAUUUGUUAAUCUAUGGAAUGCUAAUGUAAUGCACACAGUGAAAUGGUAGAGUCAAUUCACUCCUCCCCCUCACUGACUGUAGGAAUGAUAUGACCCAUAGAAACUUGCUUUACUGUUUGGAUGUAGAAGGUGAUCUUACAUUUUCAGUAAAUGUACAGUCAUUAUUUAAUUGACUUGGCUUUAGCAAAGAAAUUCAUUCCUCUACAGGCUGGUAAUCAUACCUAGAGUAUAAACGAGGGUGAGUGAGGCUUUACGGACUAAAUUUCAUACAGCAAAAUACAUAAAACCGUUUAUACUCGAUUUGGGUAUUGAAGGGGUUAAAAGGUAAAGUUCUUUAAAAACAUCUAGGCCACUUAAAACACAUUUGCAGCUGUUCACGAAGAUAUACAUUUGCAAAGGCAAUUUGUCUGAAAAUCAUUUGGGGAAAAAAGAGGUGAUUGUAGUAGGUUGGAGUCAACAUCUCAGAAGUGGUUUACUCCAUUUACCACCUUUCCAAAUUUACCAAACUCUUUCCUGAUUUCCCAAAUGCCUUUAAAAGAAUAUUGAACGUUUCAAGGAUUGCUUGGGAGAGUUAUGCAAUGCCUGCUAACUGAUCAAACACCCAGCAGGCUGGCAGGUAAAACAUAGCAUGCUCCCCUGAGUUCGAUAAAGAAAUCUUCAAAUUAGCUGGAGCAGAGGGGAAAGCAAGUGAAGUUAAAGGGUUAAAAGGAAUUCAGUGCUUUCAUAAUGUUUCACAACCUAACACAUGACAAGUGUUCCCCAGUGCCACGAUACAUUUAGAAUUUAUUCAAAUGACUUCCUUAUUCUGCCGUAAAAAGAAAAUUCUGAAAUAGCCACUGAUAUUAGAAAUUAUUUGAGAUGUGAGGCUCAUUCUCUAAGCCAGGAGUUGGGAGAAAUUGUCAUAGUAAUGGCAAUUCUCAAGUCUAAAUAACUGAAUUAGAAACAUUUUACAUUCAUAAUUGUAAUUCUCUAGCAAUUAUCUACUAGUUGUAUUUUAGUGAAUAAUAUGUUUUAUUGAUUUAUUCUAUUCUAAUUCAUUGAAUGUUGCCUGGGAACUGUAUAGAAAGCUUACUAAUAACCUGGACAAAAAAAAACCUCAGCAUUUGUAAUGGAGAGCAAAUACUUUAUAUACAAAUUAUAAUUGUUAGCAACCUGGUUUCAUAGCAGCAAACAUGUUUCCUGGACCAGAUAUAUAUCUAUAAAAAUAAAAUCCCUUAGGGCAAUACAAUACUAGUAUAAAUGGCAAAAUAUUCUCUUGGGAAAAGUCUGUGCCUACAGAGUAAUGAGCUUAAUGCAGUGUGCCAACUAUAUUAUUUUUUUUUUUGCUCCUUUUUUCGUGAUUGUAUAAUCUUUAAUUAAAUUCAUAAACUAGAAAUGAGAAAUAUUACUAGGAAAAUAUUACUAGAAAAAAAAAGACACAUUUACAAUUUUGUGAAGUUGUGGAAAAAAAAAACAUGGGGAAAAAAGGCACACUUUUUUGUAUUAUUAUUUUUCUUAAUUUUUUUGCACUAGAAGCAACACAUUUAUGAACCAAUAAAAGAAUCAAAAUGUAACAGGAAAAUUAAAUGGUCAAAAGAUACAGUAGGAAAUAUUUUGGUGCAAAGAUGGAGAGUACCAGAAAAACCCCUUAAAAAGUGAACCCAAGGUAUUUUAGAGAGCUCACGUGUGUGACGGUAGUAUAGGGUAUCACCGUCAAGCAUUCCCUUCUUCCCAUAAAAGAAAAUCACCCAAUAUUCCACAAGUAGAAAUAUACCUGGAAUCGCCGAAUAGUCCACACAUGAGCCAAUGCUUAAUGCUGGAACAAGACUUUACUGGAAGUAACAAGAACAGGUAUUCAAGCUACAGUUUCUUUUAUGCCCUUCUCCCAUACAGGGGAGGGACACACACGUUAUCUACAGUAACCAAUAAAACAGAGGUUACAGCCCACACAAAAUCCUCCCCUCUGCCUGUGAUUCAAUUAUCUUAUACAAUAGAAGAUGCAGUUAUCACAGGCAGGAAAAAUACAGUUUUUACAGCAUAUUCAUAACUUCUAAAAUAUACAUCACAUUCACAUAAAAAUUAUAUAUUCACAAUCAAUCCAUUCAGGGAAACAACAUAUCAAAAAAUGGCAUGAAUCAGACCAGGGGUUCAGAAGUUAGUAAAGUAUCUUUUGGGGCCUGGCUGGCAGCAUGGCUAUCUGGCCCAAACCGGUUUUACAGAGCCCUCUAUCCUGGAGACAAUGGGGAACAUAAUCCAAUUAUAUCCAGGGAUAGAGGAAGACUCCAUUGAGCACAUGUUCCCAGUAAAACACAAAAGGAUACAAAAAUACAUAACUCCUAUCAUACUGAAUUGAACGGGCCAAAUCUCCCAGGGUCCAUAGUCACAGUGCAAGAGGCGGGCAAGCAGUCCUCUCCAGGCACAAGUGGCGAAGGGCACUUUGUCACAGUAAUAAAUCCAUGAAUAAAGUAGCAGGGAGGGAAAGUACCGAAUGAAUGGAGGGGGAUUCUUCACAACGUGGUUAUUCAAUAAAACCAUGAAUUAUACAUACUUGGCCAAAGUAGCUGACAGGUGAGAAUUGUCAUGAAUUCAAAGUGAGAUCAAAUUGAAUUCAAAAUUUAAGUCCAAAAUAGCCAAACAGUAAUCAUUCUCCGUCAGUCACCUAUGCUUCCAGUUCUGCUACUUUGGCCUUAAAUUCGAAUUUCACGUUGAAUUCACUUUAAAUUCCUGUCAUUUCACACUUUAGUGAACAAUCGUUUGGGUCAGAAAUAUUCUCAAGCUUAGCAAUUUCUUAAAAUUUCUCAAUUUUUGCCUUUUUAUUUGUAAUUGCUGGGUUAGUUCUCAUUGAUCCACAGAACACCUGCCUUAAAAGGAUACCUUGGCAAUUCUAAACGUUCUAUAUCAUGUUUUGUUUUCAGGCUGCCAGGAACUGUUUGGUAAAUGAUGGAGUAGUAAAGGUGUCUGAUUUUGGAAUGACGCGGUAAGAAUUUAUUUAUAACAUUUGUGAAUUUCCAAGUUUUGGUGUAAUGUAAAUAUGACCGCGAUGCUAGUUCCACAAAGCACAAGAAGGAGGGUGUUUUAUAUCUUACAUAUAUGAAAAUAGUUUUGUGCACUAAGUGUUGGGCAGCAAAUUUCAAAUGGAUUUUACUUGGCAAGUUCAGAAAUUGGCAGAUUUUAGAUGCACAAUGUUACAAUGAAAAAAAUGAUAUAGGAACAACAUGCCUUUUUAUUACGUAAAGAACGACUAUCCAUCUUUUGUACAUUGGUGACUUUUCUUUCUGUACUAUGCCCAGCACCGACCCAUGUGUUAAAGGGACACUCUAAGAAACAAAACCACUAAAUCUUAAUAUAGUGGUUAUGGUGCAAAGAGACUAUCUUAGUAUCGUUAAUGGGCACACUACCUUUGCUUAGAAAGGUUCUGCUUCCAACAGAAACUGUCUUUAUUGUCACUUAGACAGCCAUUAGAGAUGCUUUUUGUUGCCUUCCUGCAUUAAGAUGAAGAUCGCAUCCAAUAGAGCUGCAUUGAGCUCAGGGCCGGCGCGUCCAUAAGGCAGCACAGGCGGCUGCCUUAGGGCGCACUGGCUCUGGGGGCGCAAUAUUUCAGUGACCGGCAGGAGGGAAGCUCUCCCUCCUGCCAGGCCACCAUCUGGACCCCUGGCGCGGCAGUGGUGUGAUCAGAGGCGGCGAGGGAGCUCUAAUCUCCCCUCACUGCCCCCUCGCGUGCCUUUUGGUAAUGCCGCGGGAGCCGGAAUAGGACUUCAUAUUCCAGCUCCCAGCAUCAGUAGGCAGCCCACGAGGGAACAGAGCAGGAAGAUUAGAGCUCCCUCGCCGCCUCUGAUCACACCACUGCCGCACGCCGCCCAGCAGCCCCAGGGAGUGAUCCAUCAUCCACACCAACUCUCCAGGUAGGGAGGCUGGGUGGAAAAUGCUUAUUUAUAAAAUAAUAAUUAGUGAAUGUAUGUGAUGUGUAUCUGUGAGUGACAGAGUUUGUGUAUCUGUGAGUGACAGAGUUUGUGUAUCUGUGAGUGACGGUGUGUGUGAGUGACAGUGUGUGUGAGUGUGUGCGUCUGUGUGUCUGUGAGUGAUUGUAUGAGUGUGUGUGCAUGUGAGUGGAUGAGUGUGUCUGUCAGUGGAUGAGUGUGUCUGUCAGUGGAUGAGUGUGUCUGUCAGUGUAUGAGUGUGUGUCUGUCAAAUCAGUGAGAGUAUGUUUGUCAUUGAGUCUGUGUGUGACUGUCAGUGUGUCAAUCAGUGUGUGUCAGAUCAAUGAGUCUGUGUCUGUCAGUGACGUCUGUGUGUUUGUCAUUGAAUGUGUGACUGUCAGUGUGUAUACACCACUGAGUGUCGCGUUGCGGAGCGGAGCGCGGUACAGGAGCUUCUGUUUCCUGCUGACAGGAGGUUCUCACUGAGAGAGCACUCCCAGUCAGUCUGGCCGGAUACAGAAAACUGAAGCUCCUGUAUGGGAUCUGCUCCGCUCGGCAAUGCAACAAUAGAGGUAGGAGGCACACGAGGAAGGGGAGUGUGACCACUAAAGGGGUAUGGGGUGCACCAAGGGACAGGGAGGGAAUGGGAGAGAAACACCAAGGGACAGGGAAAAGAGGGGGAAGGGGAGAAGAACACUAAGGGACAGGGAAGGGAGGGGACCACUAAUGGUCGGGGUGGGGAGAGGGGCUGGUUAAGAGGCACAUAGGUGAAGAUGUUUUUUUGGGGGGGGGAGGGGUAGGGGGCGGAAAAAUGCAUCUUCGUCUAUGUAACCAAAAAUCCUUGCAUCGGCCCUGAUUGAGCUAUUGCAUCUUUAUGAGAAGGUGCUGAUUGGUGCAGUACAGUGAUUGCCAUGCAUGAGCCGUAGUCCCCAAUUCUUCACUAUGGGGAAACAUUAAAUCGGCAGACAUCAUCAUCACAGAUUAUCUCUGGGAGUGCGUGUGGGAAUGCGGUGGGGUCCACUGUGAGACCAACACACUAUGGAACAUAAGAGGAGUAGAAAUAAUUUUUUUAAAAAAGUUUUACAAGAGGACCCAAUAAUCUAACUAAACAGGAAAACAUGCUAACUCUAUAGAUAAGUCUUUAACGUUAGUGUUCCUCUUAGUGUCCAUGAGAGUUUUUGACUGCCAGUUUAUAUCCCCUUGUCAUUUUUUACCCACAACUCCAUAUGUAAUUUAAUGAGGAACUGUCACUUCCUCAAUUUCAACACUACCUAAUUGCUAACUAAAUGUUAGCUAUUGGUUCUGCAAAUUUUUUAUUUUUUUUAUAAUUUAAUUAUCAACUUAUAUUUUACUUGAUAUGCUUUCUUGGGAAAAGCCUGGACAUGUAUGUAAAUUAGUUAAUUCUUGCAAUGCCAUACACAUGUGACACAUGCAUGUGUAAGGCAGGGCUGUAGAAAAUAGAAGCAUUACAUGCAUGCAACUUCAUUUCCCCAUUGGAUGACUGAGAGCGCACAUACCCACUCAAGGCACCAUGGGAGGGCAAAGCUGCCAUAAUGCCGAACUGUGAAAACAUAACUGAUUAGCAAUUAAACUGACCAAACACGUCAGUUGGUGUUUAUGAAAGGUACUUUCAGGUGGGAUGAGGUUAACACAAGGAAAGCUGUAAAAAAAAUAAUUGUGAUGCUUUGAUAAUUUAACCCCUUAAGGACACAUGACAUGUGUGACAUGUCAUGAUUCCCUUUUAUUCCAGAAGUUUGGUCCUUAGGGGGUUAAAGUAUCAGUGACUCCUGAAAAUUUAUUUCCAGAAAUAUUUUUGAAAAAAAUAAUUCAAAUAAGUUAAUAUUAUUUUAAUCUGUCCAAGCUAUAGUUAGUGCGGCUGGGAUCAUCCCUUCAUUGUAGAGGUGACUUUUUUGGAAUUACAUCAUUAUUUUCAAGCCCUCAUCGACCGUUAUUGAUAAAAAAUAAAAAAUAAACAAAACAAGUCUGGAGAAAACAUGCGCCGCUCAGAGACUGGGAUUUGCAGAGUAACUCACAGCUUCGCACUUCACAGGAAACAGGAAAUGGCUGUUUGUACACUGCGAAUUGUCCUUGGUUACUGGUUAAUUGUUUAAAAACUGCGAACUAAUCUGUCAAUUUCAAUAUUAUGGCCAAAAUGAAUAAACUUCAAUUUAUUUGUGUGAUUGAAUUUUUUUCUUGCAUCAUUUAAUUCAUGGAAAUAUGAAUCUAAGAUUUUUUUUCUAACAGUUAUGUACUGGAUGACCAGUAUACGAGUUCCUGCGGAGCUAAAUUUCCAGUAAAAUGGUCUCCACCUGAAGUUUUCAAUUACAGCAAGUUCAGCAGUAAAUCAGAUGUCUGGUCAUUUGGUAAGACUGUUUUUGUUAUUAUAAUAAAAUAAUUAUUAGCAUUUUAAUAAUAAAAAAAGAGGAUGGAGCAUCUGGAUAAAUGAUGGAUUGUUGGUUAUUGUUUUUAAUUAAAAUAAUAUUUUUCACUAAACACUGAAUUGCAGUGAACUGAACCCCCCUCCCCCCCAACUAAUUGUAAAUUCAGUUUAAAUAGCCAAGCAGUGGGACUGAGAAAAGUUUGAGAGUUUUUCCAAAUCAGUUAUUCUGACCUAUUUAACGCGCUACAAUUUAGCUUUUCAUGUAUAUGCCAUUGUACAGCCCAUCAAGUUAAAGGGUUACUCCAUUCCUCAUAACCGCUACAGCCUGUAUUCUUGUGCCAUACAAUCAUUUUUCAAAAGUUUGCCACUUAACCGGAGUCCCGCGGGGCACUCAGCCUCUAAGAAUGGCAGCUAAACUUCUGAAGCUGGAUGCCAAUACUGGCUGCCAAUGAUAUCACCUAUUGAAUGAGUGCCUGUGCAUAAAACAUGCACAGAAUUAUAGGAACAUUCCAAGUACCAUAACCACUAAAGUUUACUGUAGAGGUUAUAGUGCCAGGAAUACCCUGGUACUACACCAAUUGUAGGGAGUCAAACUAUUUAUGAACCAUUUAACAUCCACUUUGGGUUCUCUGUACGCCACUUCCCACUUCAACUACCAUCUUCUGACAGAAGAAAGUCUCUCAGCAGGAACUUUUGUUACCUCAUUCCUUGAAAGAGAUCAUUAGGCACUGUUAGCCUGCAUUGCAGGACUUUUCAUGGGAGCUAAUAGAGAUGGUAGUGCAGGCAGGGAGAGGCAGCUGGAAGUAAUCAGUAAUAAGAACUAUUGAAAGCUGAUGGAGGGCGAGUUUAUAAAAUAUUUUUUCCCCAUGACUACUUCAAAAUACUGAAGUGGUCAUGGUGCUUGGAGUAACCCUUUAAAAUAAUGCUCCAAUAUUAAAAAAUAAAAAAAAGUUAUCUUUAACAUUGGUAGUGUCCAUUUCUUUAUUUUAGAUUUUGCCCCCCCCCCCCUAAAUAAAAAAAAUACAAAAACAUUAAACUCUUUUUUUCCCCCCCAGCUCUGAGACAGUUUCCACUCUCCAGCACACUCCUCAAUACUGCUACUCUGUGUCCACUCCUGUGCUUUUUACAGAGAGGCAUUGGAUGAUGUAUGGCCCAUCCAAAGCCACAUUCUCUAUGAGAAGCAGUCACUUCCACUUUGAACAGUAGUUCACAGCUGUCUGGUUGACAGUAAUUUAUAAGAAUGGCAAUUUCUCAUCUUUAAUCAGCUGUUUUAUAACUUAUGUCUUUAGGGGACUUGCAUAUUGCUUUAAAAUUUCAGAUGCUUCGGUAGUAUAUAUUUGUGUCUUCUAUUAGCCAAGUUGGAUCUCUAAGAAGUAAUUCGUAAAUAUGUGAGCAAGAGACAUUCCACAAUAAGAGACAAAAUGUUAGAUGUCUUAGCUGUUCUAUUAUGAUAGAAAUGAUACGUGCAUGCCAACCGCUAGUAAUAACAAAAUGUAUUAUAUUUGCACCAAAUGGAUUCUAGUUGUAUGCUGCUUUUCAUUUUAGGUGUGUUAAUGUGGGAAGUAUUCACGGAGGGGAAGAUGCCCUUUGAGACAUAUUCAAACGUUGAAGUGGUGGAUAUGGUGACAAGAGGAGAGAGACUGUAUCGACCGAAGUUGGCAACAAAAAGAAUAUUUACGGUUAUGAUGGCUUGUUGGCAUGAGGUAUAGUAAACCUGAUGAACACAUUACCAAUAGAUUUUCAUUUCACGACUACAGCAAACUCAUCCAGAUAUAGCCCAUUUGAGCAAUCCUGUGCUUGAGUACCUUUCAUGGCAAAGCAUUUUGGAUUGUUACGGUGUCCAAAGUUGGGAACAUUUUUAGCUCUCUCCAGUCACAAUAUAUUGUUUGGCACUUUUAUUAGAGUUAUACAUUGUAGCGUCCAGGGUGAAGACAAUCAUGCUAUUAAAAUAACCCAUCAUAUAUACAGAUUACCACAGUACAUACAUCAUUGAUUAAGAUACUGGCAGUAAAGCCGGGGAGUUAUUUACUUUACCACUAACAAUAGCAUUGCUCAUUAAAUUAUUUGCGGUUUUAUUCACAUGUUGUUCAGAUUGGAAGAAUAUGUAUAAAGUAUGUUUUUAGUUGAACGGUAAGAAUAUUGUUUUUGACAUAUUGUAGCUUGUUUAGCACAAUGGCAUUGAUUUUCUAUGAAUUAAAUAAAAUAUUUUUCAUGUACCCGUGCUGAUUGGACCAUGUAGUGAGCACUUUCACUUUGAUUGUGCAAACGAUUCCUCUGUUUCUUUGAAAUUGUGCCACUACCGUCAUUGACUCUAUAUGCAACACCAUCAGGAUGUUUGCGUUUUGCAGUGUAGUGAUGGGUUUUGAUGCAUAUUGGUACUUUUUUAUGCAGUGCCCUGGGCGCUGCUAUUAAAGUGGCAGUGUAUCCUUAUGUGGUUACACACUGUAGAAUUGUGACACUGAUUCAUGCACAAUGCAUAUAAAGAGAUUAUGCCACAAAUCCUAAAACAUCAAAAGUGCUUUUUUUAUAUUUAGUAGUUUACCAGAUAGAAAAAUAAAAUACUUUAAACCUGUUUAAUAAAUGUUAACACUAAAAAUCAAAGAUAAUCUUGAUGGUUUCAUUUUUAUGCAAUUCUAGAAACCAGAAGGAAGACCCGGAUUUUUUGAUCUGAUGCUCGCCAUCGGUCAGAUACUAGAAGAAGACUUUUAGGAUGCUUCUGUGACAACCAUCCACAUUGAUGAGGAAGAUACAUUUUGUGGAGAGUGUUUAUGUAAUCAGAAGGAUUUAAAUAUUCAAAACAUCCGUUUUAUUUUGAUGGACAGAGUAUGCAUUUUUUAUUUUAUUUUAGUUUGUCACACUAAGGAGAAAUUGCUGAUAGUUGCCCAACGCACAUAAUGUUGAUUAAAAAUGGUAUGAAGUUUUUUGAUAAUUUUAUCACUGUAUUUUUUUUUGUCCAUGUGAACCUGUGAUCCUACUGAUCCUGAUCAAUUAUUUUUAACUGUUGUGAUAUACUUUGCUGACGUGUACCUAACAAGUUUGAGCUGUACAGUGUACAUAUUUAAAUAUAUAUUUAUAUUAAAUAACAGGUUUUACUCCGUGUUAUUUUCUACCGAAAAACUGUGAGAAGGAGGUCUUUGCAUUAGGAAAUCAGCAUUUGGUGUGCUUGGAAUAAUGAAUGUUCCUUACAAAACAUACUAUUUAUUUUUCUUUACAGAGGUCCAGACAGGACACAGUACCAAUUAAGUAAUGUAUUUUUGAUCUGUAAUCACCAGGGGACCCCACCAUUUACAUACAGUUAAUAGCUGGUAUUAAAAUCAACAGACUCUACUCUACUAAGCUUUUAGAAGCGCUCCAAUUUUUGGACAAACAUGAGAUGUACUGAUUAAAGCAACCAGCUUCAACAUGGAUUCAGGCUCAAACCUUAGUCCCAGUGUGUGACCAUGUGCAUCUAUUAUUUGUCCUGUAUUCUUUAUACACAGUAAUAGUAGAUUAGCAUUGAGCUGUAUAUUUGAAUGAUACAUUAACUUUGAACUAUGGAACUCCUGUAUACAUGAAUCCAUAGAUCGUCAGCACUCAAUCGUCCCUUCUGAUAAAACUUAGCUUUUAUUUCAAUGUCAACAUUUCAGUUUAAAAUCAUAAACUUUCAUCAGGACCAUAAAUGUACAUAGACAUAUAUAUCUGGAAAACAUUUUUCCAAUUUUUUCUUAAUUUAACAUCUCUACAUGUAUGGCAGCCAUUCCAUCCCGGUGUCUGUUUAAUUUCAACUACUUCUUGAGGGAUUAAUUAGGUGAUCGCCUGAACCAAAUCUUAUUUAAUGAGGAAAAGGAUAAAAACCAUUGCAGUGGUCAGCACUAUCCUCUUGCAUUAAGACCAGCUGGAUGGCAAAAACAGUGCUAGGAGCACCCCUUAAAAGUAACUAGCUCAAAGACGCUGGCUACAAAACCGAUCUGGGGCUGGAGAGGUGCCCGGCUACAUGCCUGAACUACUGCUAUUCCCAACACUCCUAGGAAGCGCAACACGAAUACUCCUGAUCAAGGCAUCGUUUAAACUGAUGCUUGCAACUGAGGACGGACUUCUGAAUUACAUGCUUGCCAUGUACCUUGCCGAUACCUCAGAGAUCUUUAUAAUUUCUGUACCAUUUAUUUGCAUUUCUCCCUUAUUUUUUUUUUGUUCUCCUUGCCUUAAUAAGGGUUUGUGCCAAUGUAGAGAAGUCUGACCCAGUGGUUCCCUGAGUGAAUAUUCCUCAUACCUAUAUGCCACUCUUGUUUAAGCUAACAUCCAUCUAUUAUACAUUAGCUUGCAUAUACACCCUGGAUACUCCU